AUGGCAUCUCUAUCCGACCAUCCCUUGGCCGCCCUUGCUCCUGGCAACACCACAUCGCCUCCUCCUGCUCAAAAUAACGCGGCGCUCGCUGGUCUUCCACGAUCCCCUCAAAACACCCCCGACUCUCCCUCCGGUACUGGCACUGGUCCUAACGUUCCCACCUCCGACAGUGACGCCGCACCUACCUCGAGCAGGUCCAGCGCCGCUCCGACCAGCUCCUCGUCCACCCCUACCUCGGCCGCUCCCACCUCGAGCACCACUUCCACCACACCUUCGUCCUCUUCCACCUCGGCAGCGCAGACCACGCCGACCUCCUCUGCCGCGCCCACCUCAGCCGCUUCCACCACCCCCGCUACCUCGGCCACCACCCCUACCUCGUCUAGCGCCGCCGCCAGCACUACUUCGGCUAUUGCCAGUUCCUCCACCCCAAUUCCUGUCGUUGUCGUAACCUUUACCAGCACGAACAGUAAUGGCGCUAUCGUCACUGGGCUCAGCAGCUCCGCCAACCCAUCUUCCACCGCCGCUGGCUCCAACGGCUCGUCCGGCUCCGGUGGCGGAUCCAACACCAACCUCGGUGCCAUCAUUGGAGGUGUCGCUGGUGGUGUCGCCGGUCUCAUCAUCCUCGUGUGGCUUAUCCUCUUGCCGCUGCGCAAACGUGCCAAGAAGGCCAAGGAGGUCGAGUGGCUCUCGUUUGGUCAGGAGAACGACCACGUCAACGAGUCCAGCGCCGAGGCCGUCUACGGCCGCGGUGCUGGCGGCAGCGGAGAGGGCAAAGGCGGCAGUGUGGCCAACGUCAACGAGAUCCAGAUGGACGACAUGGCGCACGAAAUGUCGCAGCAGCCCUAUCAUUACCAGAAUGUCGACGAUGGUGCUGGCUGGGCCGCCGGCGCUGUGGGCGCGGGCGCAGCCGGUGCAGGCGCCUAUGGCGCUCACCACGACCAGUACGCGCAGCAGCACCACCAGGAUGGCUACGACGCCUAUUACGCACAGCAGCACGCAUACGGUGCAGGCCCGCAGUACCAGCAGUACGGCAUGCAGCCUCAGCAGGGCUGGGCCGGUCAGCCGCAGGCAGGCGCCUAUCCCCAGGGCGAAGCGUGGGGCGCUGCUCCUAGCUACACGAGCCCUGUGCAAUCACAAGCACACGGCAACCAGGGCUUGACGCACAACCUGUCGAUAGGCUCAACCAAGGUAGGCGGCGAUGCUGGCGCUGGUGCCUCGCAGGGUGGGCACAAGGCUCCGUCGCAGGAGGGACACGGUGCUGGCAGCCAGUAUGGAUACCCAUCGCCUCCACUCGGCUCGCAAUCGCCGCAGCAGUAUGCACAGCACUACCAGGGCCAUGCUGCUACGUCGUCGCCGCCCAUGAACGCGCAGUACUAUCAAGGCCAUCACGAUCCGGCUCAGCAGCACGCUCAGCAGGGCCAGUAUGGGUAUGCAGAGCAGCCGGAUCAGCGUGCUGGCUCGCCUGAGAGCACGGGUCGCGCCAAUAACGGUGCUGGGAACGGCGGAGGGUUGCACCUUGCCAACCCCUAG